AUGAAUUCAGUAGUAGAAAGUACAAUGAAAACCUCGAUGGAGCAAGUUGACGACCUUAAAUACUGGCUAGCUACUGCUCCAGUUAGUUGGGAAGCUGACCAAAACAUUCGUCGCUAUCUUCUUCCCACUGGUGAAUAUAUUUCAUGUGUUCUUUGGAAUAGCCUUUAUCAUAUUACAGGCACCGAUAUCGUACGGAGUCUGGUAUUCCGCUUUCAAGCUUUCGGUCGACCCGUAAAAAAUAUCAAAAAGUUUGAAGAAGGUGUGUUCAGUGACUUACGAAACCUUAAACCAGGCAUGGACGCUUCACUCGAAGAACCUAAAUCCGAGUUCCUUGAAAUGUUGUAUAAAAAUAAUUGUAUACGUACUCAAAAGAAACAAAAGGUAUUUUACUGGUUCUCCGUACCACAUGACCGUCUAUUUUUGGAUGCUUUAGAACGAGACUUAAAGCGUGAAAAAAUGGGUAUUGAACCUACUACCCUUGCCGAAGCGGAACCUGCUCUUUCCUUUUCAUUCGAUUCUACUCAAUCAUUGUAUGACCAAUUCACGAAAGGAAUGUCUCCUGACUCUUCCGAACCCUCUUCACCACAACUUCAUGGUUUGGUAUACGAUGUAUCUGUACCUCCUAUGGCCCCAAUCAAGUCAGAUGAUCCUUCAGCAGUUUUGUAUUCACUUGACCAAGAGUCAUUGGGUAACUCAACUUCCGCUCAACCUUCCUUGGGUACAUUUGCUUUGUUCCAACCAAUUCCACAAUGCGAACAUCCAUUAGUUAAACCUCAAAUGUAUCCUUCACCAGACCUAAGUUAUUGCUCAAUGGAUGAACUUCAAAAACCAUUUGAAGCCAAUUCUCCUCAAGAAUACUUUGGCGGUUCUCCUUGGAGUACUUCUACUUUAGAAGACCAAUAUAUGGAUAAUAGUCGUCACUCAUCUCCCGACAAUUUAGAUGGACAUGUAUCUAAUUAUUCACAAGCCAUUGUUCCCUCAUCAACUACUACUUCGGCUUAUAAUAGUCCUAAUUCUGCUGCCACGGCUGCCAACCUUUUUGGAAUGUUCUCCAUUUUCGAGGGUACACCAACUUACAAACAAAGAAGACGAAGAGCAAAUUCCUGUACAAAUGUUAACGCAAACAACAAUAAUAAUUCUCAACCCCAUCGAUCCAACGCAGCUCCUUACUCUCUUAAAACUUAUACCUGCCCACUUCCAAUAUGUGGUCGUCUAUUUAAACGUCUCGAACAUUUGAAGCGUCAUGUUCGUACUCAUACCAUGGAGAGACCUUAUUCAUGUCAAGUUUGCGGCAAGAGGUUCUCUAGAUCGGAUAAUUUGGCACAACAUCGUAAAACCCAUGAACGCAGUCUAAGUAAUUCCCCACCACCUUCUGAUGAUGGUUCUUGUAAUUCUGAUCUCGGUUAUGAUGACGGCAUGGUCAAUGAAUGUUACGCUUAUGACAGCCCCGAAUUACAAUCUACCUGUGUACCAGAUGGACUUGCUGUAUAUACCACGGAACCUUCAAAUUAUCCAAUUUUCAGUUUACCCUAUCUAGAAGGAAACACUGGGAACGGAAUAAUUGUCUAA